CCGUUACCUCAGCAACGACGGACGCUGGAGGUGGCGGCGUCGGGCCUUACGGUCCUGUGCUGCUCUGGGUGGCGUGAGGCGCUGUCUCCCGAGACCCAGCCCGCAAGGGAGAGGCGAGGGGAGGAGUGAGGAUGGAGGUGGAUGUUCCUGCAGUCUGCUCUUUGCAGUCCCUUGCCAAGCUGCUCAGUGAUGCACGCGAGGAUGAGGACGACGAUGACUUUGGUCCGUGCUGUUCUGUCAGUGCCGUGACUCCUGGGAGCAUCGGACCAGUAAAGAAAGAGAGCACUGAUACCUUACAAGUGAAAUCUGAACACAGCAAAACUAUUUGGAGCUCAGAAGAGGUCCCAGAAGGAUCCGAAUUUGACGACACCUGGGAUCCUAGAGAACAGCCAGAGUAUGAGAUUUCCUUCAAACAGCAGGUGGGAACAGAGGAUGUCUUCUUUGGGAUGAGCAGGAAAGACCCUUCCACAGCCUGCUGUGAAGAUAUGGUGAUUAAAAUCAAGCUGCCAGAGACAAAGUUCUCAGACAUCACGUUAGAUAUCCAGGACAAGGUGCUUGACCUCCGAACUCCCCAAAAGAAGCUACUGCUGCAUCUCCCUUGCCCUGUGGACAGCAAGAAGGGGAAAGCUCGUUUCCUCUCUGAAGAGGAGCUCUUGGAAGUCACCUUAAGGAUGAGAAGGGAGUUUGAUUUCAUCAAUUUUGCCUAAUAGAGAAGUGGAGGAACUUCACAAAAAGGAAUCUCUGUAAAUCUGAAGUCUUUUCAAAAUCUGAGUAGUCGUGAGAUUGUUCCCCUUUAUCAGUCCAGGGGGACUGUAACAGAAUAAAUUCAGUAAGCCAGGAGGAAAAGGAGGUCCAUGCAUCACACCCACAGAUCCUGUAAGCUGGGGCUGUCUGGCUCUUGAACUGCUCUUGUUAACAUUCUGCUUCCUGCUGUCCAACACGGGCUCUGAAUUGGAAAACAGCAGGUCACAAAGUCUGCAGAGUGGGGAAAGUCUUCCUGUGGUCUCUAAGUAGCGUGAGGAGGCUCUGACCAGCAGCUCUGGCUCCUGGUUACUGUUGGAAGACUUGCAAGUGAGGUGCAUUUGGCCCCCCGUGCUGGCACUGAGGCCUCUUCAGAUCCCCUCCAAAACUCUUUGGGGAUCCAUAGCCACGUCUCUAGGCUUCUUUACCCUGGCAGAACAAGGCAGGCAGCUACUGCUGGAUUGCUGAACAACUCAGCUCUUUUGAAUGGCUUUUGACAAUAUGUGGUUCAAUGUCAUCCAUUCACCUGCUGUCCCUCCAGCUAUUCUUCUGAUCUUUAUUAAUAAAAGAAUAUGCUCUAAUGAACCAUUCUGGUUACUUUUCACUCUUCCUCCCCCAGAGACUUCCUAAAAGUGGAAGGAGAGGGAUUUUGCAUUACAAAGUACCAUUUUCUUAAAGGGCUGAAGUGCAGCAGGAGCUCUUGUUUUGGCCUUCAGGUCUAAUCUGGAGCGACAGAGAUGGCAACCAAGAGAUUUCUCUCACCACCCUCUGGGCAGACACACUCACUUGGUGCUGUUAAACGUGCAGGAAGCAAAGAGAUCCGCUCAGCAAUCAGAGGAGAGGACAAGCAGGGCUGGCACUUUGAUGGCUCUUAAUCAAAUCCUUUAAUCACUGCAAAAAUAAAAUGGCUUUGGGUCCUGCAUUUGUCUGGCAAUAAAAAUGAAACAAAAUUGGCCGGCUAGGCUGUGGAUGGCAUCCAUGCUGCUGAACUUGAUAGGAAAGGUGAAUUCUCUAUCGAAGACAUUGAUGGUGAUUUUUCAGAUGUAUUUUUGCCCGUUGGAGUUUUCAGAAUUUGUUGUUUGUAAUCUACUUCUUUAUAACUCUCCGAUAAACCUGAUGGUGUUUGGGUGCUUCAACCACUUCCCUUAAAGUGCUUCCAUCCCUCGGAGCAGAGCAACACAGCCCAAUCUCUGCUUUGGUGUGAGUGCACUGAAAAACAAUGAUGACUCAUCCUAAGCCACCGGGCAGGCUGACAACAUUCAGGGGCAACUCCGGUUUGCAUUUGAAGUUUCCAUACCUUGCAUUUGAAUAGCUCUUAUUCCAACUGCACAAAGCCAUGGGGAGGGGAACAAGGCAGAUGUAUGGAAGGCUGAGCUCAU